UGUGGGGGGGAAGGGGGUACAGUAAACGAGCUAGAACGGAGGCGGGCGUUCUUCCUUUUAUGUUGGAGGCCGCGCGUCCCUCCUCUCCCCCUUCACCUAGGCUUCUCUUUCGAAUAAUUCACUUACAUCUGGGGCUUGCGUGCGUGCGUGCGUGCGUACCCUUAAGGAGCCCAAGCGCGUGCGCGCCAAUCUGUUAUUUUCCCUCCCCUCCGCCCCUCGUUGCGCGCGACGCUGCCUUCCCCCUGCUUCUCUACGCGAAGCUAUAAUUUUCCUUAACAGCGGUGGAGUGAAGGACAUAAGAUGAGCAAUAAAAGCUGUACUGAUACAUUUUGGGUUGGCGUUCUCCGCCCGCGCGGAGUUUGUUUUUUUUAAUUGCCCUCCCUCUCCCUUCUCGCUGUUACCGUCAUCGCCCUCAUCAUUACCACCACCUCCACUGGGCGGCCCCUGCCUUUGACGCCGGCGGGGGCGGCCCAAAAUGGCGGCGGCGCUGCUGCUGCUGCUAUUGCUGACGAAAAGCCCGGCCCGGCGCGAGCGACAAUAGAGAAGAGAGAGCGCGUGAAGGGAAGGAGCGGCCAGUCGCUCGCGGGCUGGUCCUCCGCCGCCGCCGCCGCCGGUUCCCUCUCCGCCGCCCGCUGGUCUAGCAUGGUGCGGGUCCGCCGCCACUUGAUCCCUUUGGCCGCCCCGAGCUGACCUAUCCUCUCACUGAGACUCUCCUCUGCUCGCUCUCUUCCGCCGCCAGCAUGGGCGAGAGGUUGGAGCUCAGGCUUAAGUCGCCAGUGGGAGCGGAGCCGGCCGUCUACCCCUGGCCCCUGCCUGUUUAUGACAAACACCAUGAUGCUGCUCACGAAAUCAUUGAGACACUUCGGUGGGUCUGUGAAGAAAUUCCAGACCUCAAGCUUGCUAUGGAAAACUAUGUUUUAAUUGACUAUGAUACUAAAAGCUUUGAAAGCAUGCAAAGACUUUGUGACAAAUACAACCGAGCUAUUGACAGCAUCCACCAGUUGUGGAAAGGAACCACCCAGCCCAUGAAACUGAAUACCCGCCCUUCCAAUGGGCUUCUGCGCCAUAUCCUACAGCAAGUAUAUAACCACUCAGUGACGGACCCAGAAAAACUCAACAACUAUGAACCCUUUUCCCCAGAAGUGUAUGGAGAGACUUCUUUUGACUUGGUGGCCCAGAUGAUAGAUGAAAUAAAAAUGACCGAAGAUGACCUUUUUGUAGACUUAGGCAGUGGUGUUGGUCAAGUUGUGCUCCAGGUGGCUGCAGCUACAAACUGCAAGCAUCACUAUGGUGUGGAGAAAGCUGAUAUUCCGGCCAAAUACGCUGAGACAAUGGACAAAGAAUUCAGAAAGUGGAUGAAAUGGUAUGGGAAAAAACAUGCAGAUUACACACUGGAAAGAGGUGAUUUCCUCUCAGAAGAAUGGCGAGAAAGAAUCGCAAACACAAGUGUUAUUUUUGUGAAUAACUUUGCUUUUGGUCCUGAAGUGGAUCACCAGUUGAAGGAGCGAUUCGCAAAUAUGAAGGAAGGUGGUCAGAUAGUAUCCUCAAAACCUUUUGCACCAUUAAACUUUAGAAUAAACAGCAGAAACUUGAGUGAUAUUGGCACUAUAAUGAGAGUUGUAGAAUUGUCACCACUAAAAGGAUCUGUCUCAUGGACCGGGAAACCAGUUUCUUACUACCUGCAUACUAUUGAUCGAACCAUACUUGAAAACUACUUCUCUAGUCUCAAAAAUCCAAAACUCAGGGAAGAACAAGAGGCAGCUAGACGUCGACAGCAAAGGGAAAACAAGAGUAACACAACAACUCCAACAAAAGUCCAAGAAAAUAAGGACGAUGGUGCUGAAGAAGACAAGAACCUCGGGGCCAACACUGUCAAAAAGCCAUCUCCCUCCAAAGCACGCAAGAAGAAGCUGAGCAAAAAGGGAAGGAAAAUGGCUGGUAGGAAGCGUGGGCGCCCCAAGAAAAUGAAUGUGGUGAAUGCCGAGCGCAAGAUCAAGAAGAACCAAACUGCGCUGGACCUUCUCCAUGCUCAAACUGUAUCACAAACAAAUUCAUCCUCUCCUCAGGAUGCAUAUAGGUCACCUCAUAGUCCAUUUUACCAGCUACCUCCUAAAGUGCAACGGCAUUCGUCCAACCAGCUCUUGAUUACUCCUACUCCACCUGCACUACAGAAGCUGCUAGACUCUUUUAAGAUCCAGUACAUGCAGUUCAUGGCUUAUAUGAAAACAAAUCAAUAUAAGGCAACUCUUCAGCAGUUAUUGGAACAGGAAAAGGAAAAGAAUACUCAGUUAAUGGGAAAGGCCCAGCAGUUGUUUACUCACUGCCAGGCUCAGAAAGAAGAAAUCAAACGACUGUUCCAGCAGAAGCUAGAUGAGCUGGGUGUUAAGGCACUGACAUACAACGAUCUUAUCCAGGCCCAGAAAGAAAUUUCUGCUCACAACCAGCAGCUGAAAGAGCAGACCAAACAGCUGGAGAAAGAUAAUGGUGAACUCAGGAAUCAGAGUUUACAACUGCUGAAAGCUAGAUGUGAAGAACUGAAGUUGGACUGGUCAACACUUUCACUGGAAAAUCUUCUCAAAGAAAAGCAAGCAUUAAAAAAUCAGAUUUCUGAGAAGCAAAAACACUGCUUGGAAUUGCAGAUCAGCAUAGUGGAGCUUGAGAAAAGCCAGAGGCAGCAGGAACUUUUGCAGCUGAAAUCCUACAUGCCCUCUGACGAAUCGUUGCCAGCCCAGCCGCGCCAUAAAAACCAAUUGAACCGGGAGGCCGAGCCUGACCACAAUACACUUCACUUGGAGCUAGAGUGCCCCAAGUUUCCCGUGCCCCAGGUCAAUGGCCCUGAACUGUCCAUAAAUGGCCAUGCCACGUCUUACGAAAUUCACAAUGCACUCAGCCGACCAGCUUCUAAACAGACUACGCCUCAAUACCCACCUGCCCACGUGGACCAAGACAUAAUUCCUUGCACCCCAAUCCAUAGCUGCAGACAGAAGCUGGACAAAGGCUCAAAUUUAUCCCUGCCGGAUUAUACCAGGUUUUCUCCGGCUAAGAUCGCCCUUCGGAGGCAUUUGAACCAAGACCACAUAGGCAGUGGGAAAACAGCACCCAGUGAGAGCCAUCAGAGAGCUGAACAUUUAAAAGAAAAUGGCCUUCCAUUUCAAAGCCCUUCAGCAUCAAACGGCAUGAAGAUGAGCCCUCUGGAAGACAGAUCCUCUUCCCCAGCAGCCUUCCCAACUGGGAAUGAAAAGGCUUUGCGCGAGAGGACGUCUGCGAAUAAUGGGGAGACGAUCACCAGCCUUCCCAUCAGUAUCCCCCUCAGCACAGUGCAACCCAAUAAACUCCCUGUUAGCAUUCCUUUGGCCAGCGUAGUCCUUCCUAGCCGUGUUGAGAAGGUGCGAAGCACACCUAGCCCUGUCCAUCAGAACCGAGAUUCCUUUUCAACACUUGAAAAACAAUUUGGUGCUAGUUCUCAUAACAGCAUUAGCACUGCUGCUGGUAACAAGCCACUGACCUUGGCUACCUCAGGUUUUUCUUACAUGUCUGGCUCUGCACCAGUCGGUGGGACCGUUCCAAAUAGCCCAUUGAACCCAGCUGCUGACAGUGCAGCUAUGGAGGAGGUAUCCAGUUCGGGAAGCUUGUUCAACUCCACGGGGUCUCGAAGCUCUACUCCACAGCAUCCCUCUUUGCUUACGUCGUCUUCACGGAAUUCUGGGCAAAACUCGCCUGCACACCAGCAUUCCGCGAGCCCUAGGUUGAACGGCAUCUCCCAGAGCCUGGGAGGGGUACUGCAGUACAUAGAGACUCAAAAGAUGUUUGCUGAAAACGCCAGAGGAGACCCCCCAUUCGACCCUGCCUUUUCUGACCCUGAGAGCGAGAGCAAACGAAGGAUCAUCUUCACCAUCUCCCCUGCUACAGGAACCCUCAAACAUUCUCCGUCGAACAAGCACAGCCCCCUCACCACAAGUAUCCGGGCCGAUUGUGGCCAGGCCUACAUGCAAGAUGGAAAGAAGCGUGGCCGGAGGAAGCGGUCCUCCACAGGAACGCCGUGUGUGAACUCCGGGGUGUCACCCAAACGCAAAUCAUUGCCCCCCAUGGCUGGGCUCUUUGCUCAGCCUUCUGGAUCUCCCCUUAAUAUCAACUCCAUGGUCAGUAACAUUAACCAGCCUUUAGAAAUAACAGCCAUUUCUUCCCCUGAAAAUUCCCUGAAGAAUUCUCCUGUUCCAUACCAGGACAAUGAUCAGCCACCUGUGCUGAAAAAGGAGAAGCCUCUAAUUCAGACCAAUGGCAUUCAUUACUCCCCGCUAACCUCUGAUGAAGAACAGAGUCUGGAGGACGACCAUAACAGCACCAGAAUUGAGAGAAAAAUUGCAACAAUAUCACUGGAAAGCAAAUCUCCACAAAAGCCGCUGGAAAAUAGCAUCAACUCAGCUGGGAGAAAGCAGGCUACUGAAAGCAUGAACAGCAGCAAGUGGAAAUCAACCUUUUCUCCAAUUUCUGACAUCAAUCUUUCCAAAAUGGCAGACAGUCCUUUGCAAGCGUCGGCAUCAUCCCUGAAUCAGAACACCCUCUUCGCCUUCAGACAAUCCUCUGAUGACAACGUGGCAGGCGACAGGGCUGGCACGCAUGUGAGGAAACAUGCAACUGCAUCUGAGGGGCUUGGCCAAAAUACCAUGAAUGGAUUUGCUUACAACGGCGGGCUGUCUGCAGAUGUCGGUUUACAUAGCUUUACUGAUGGUGCUUCACUUUCUCACAAAACUGCUGACGUGGUGACGGCUCUGGGGGCCUCCUCAAUGGGUUUCCUGAUACAAAGGAACAAAGAGGCCGGAGUCCCCGAGACAAAUCCAUUCUUGGGCAAGAGGCAGCUAGAAAGCCUUGGCGGUGGGAAAGGGGAAGAUUUAAACUGGUCAGGACUGAAAGGCAAAGAGGCCAACGAACUGAGUGUCCGGCUGGGAGGCUCUUCAGACAAGGCUUCGGUGCUAAACAACAAAUUCGGCAAAGGACGGGAACGAGACGUGGAGUUCAAGAACGGCCACAACCUGUUCAUUGCUGCUGCUGCUGCUGCUGUCCCCUCUGGUGGCCUUCUCAAUGGCAAAAGCCUCUCGGCAGCCAACUCUGGCAAGUCGUCCAGCAUGGCCUCCUCUACUCAGACCCACCACCCUUUCUUGAACUCCUUAACCCCUGGCACGCAGUUUCCCCUUGGCCCCAUGGUAACAAACUCCUCGGUACUGCAGUCCUUAUUUAAUUCGAUGCCAGCUGCCAGCCUAGUGCAUGUAUCAUCAGCUGCCACCCGCCUGACCAACUCACACACGAUGGGGAACUUCUCUCCUGGGAUGACAGGUGGAACAGUUGGAGGUAUUUUUAACCAUGUGGUGCCUUCUGCCUCCUCCUCUUCCUCCUCCGCUCCCUCCCCUUCCUCUUUUUCAUCCUCCACCUCCUCCCUCCAUUUUGGCAAUGGUGCUGUUUCCAGCUGUACCCUCUUAAGCUUAAAUCCUCUGCAGGUCGCCGCCAGCACCCCAUCAUUCCAUGUGUCCCCCAACCCAGCGCCAUCUAACGAUGCCCAGCACCUCACCCGCCCCCCAGCAUGUGCCGGUCUUCGGACCCCUCCUCCUCCUCCUCCUAAUGUUUCAUUGCCACCACCUCCCCCCCUCCUCACCUCUAACUCCGAACCUGUCCUCCUACAGAGUUUGUCAUCCCUGCCAGUUUCAGAGUCUUUCCUGCCGCCAUCUUCCACUGCUAACUCCGCUUUGUCUAUUAAACUAGCUUCUCUUCAGCACAAAACCUCCCGCCCCUCCUUCACCGUCCACCACCCACCUUUGCCCCGCUUGGCGCUGGCCCAAGCCGCGCCUGGGAUCCCACAGUCCAACACGGCUGGCACGCCUGCUUUGUGGGUCACCCUUGGCAUGCAGUCUCCUUACGCUUCACAUCUCUCUGGAGUUAAGCCACGAUAACGAGCUAGGCUUAGCUUUUGAGCACUGGUGCUCUGUAAGAAACUCCCCAAAUUUGAUUCCUGCCAUGUUCUGUUUGGAAAGUUCAAUAGCAAGGAGUGAGAAAAAAACCCUCUUCUACAGGACACCUUGGAGAGCUGCUGCCCUUCAGAUACAAGCCUGGGCCAUGAUUGCUAACUAAGUAGUGAGAUCCAGGGUUUUAUCCAGAGAAGUGGCUGGACAUUUCUCCCAAAGAUUAGGGUCAGUGAUCUCUCCAGGGUGCAAACAGCCUCCAGAACCCUCUCAGACUGGCAGAUAUUAAGCCAAAAAAAAAAAAAAGGUGAGAUGGGGAGCUUUGCAAAGUUGGAGUUUAAUUCCUUCACCCUCCAAAGCACACAGCACUCUCCCAAUGAUAGGACUCCUCCCCUGAGCAUGCCUUUUGUUCGUUUUUAAAUGGAAAUUGUGGUCCCUUCUCUCAAGGGUUGCUCCUCCCUGCCCAUAAAGUCUUAUGAUUAAAAAUAUAUAUGAAGUUAACCUGAAAAUAUUUGCACAUUAAAGGCAGGCAGUAAUGAGCUAGGUCAGUGGUUCUCAACCUGUGGGUGGAACGACCAUUUCACGGGGGUCGCCAAACAAGGCUGUCCGCCAUUUUUUCCCCCUUUUCUUUGGCCACGCCCCUGGCACCCGGUGAUGUAUAAGUGGUUGGGGGCCACCACGACACGGGGAACUGUAUUAUGGGGUUGCGGCAUUAGAAAGGUUGAGAACCACUGAGCUAGGUGGACCAGAUUAGUGAUAAAAUGCUGAUUAAAAUCAGGUCCGGUCACAUAAUGACUCCCUUAAGUGACCAAAGUUCUGGUCCCAUUUGUGGUCCUAAGCCGAGGACUAUCUGUAAUUUACUUUAUGGUUCAGUGCAUCAAACACAAGACAGAACACACAGGGAAACGAUAACAAUCCUUGCUGUGGAUCACGACCUGAACGUUCACGCAGGCAGGAGCUACGCAGGUGUCUUGGGAGUGUGAAAAUAAUGCUGCAGAUUUGAGUAUUUCUGAAGUUGCAAUAGCGCUACUAAAGACGUUUAAUCUUCACCGAAGCUGUGUGGAAAGACAGUGGGGCAAUAGAGGGCUUAGCACUCAUUUGUCUUCUAAUGUUGUCUAUAUAAGCUUAAUGGAUAAUUUUUAGGCAAUUUGGGGUUAUGACUAAAACCCGAAAUAGGAAAAACUACCCUGUAUCAUGCAGACGUAUACUGUAAUUCUCCAUAGAGGAUUUGGGCUGUCAAGGCUUAGGUCGAGGGAAAAGAUGUGGUUGAGAAGCUUCUCGGUGCCAGGAAAAGGGUGAGUGGGUGUGAGAAUGAAGAUAAGGAUGAAGACCGCAAGAAGGAAAGAAAAGAUAAAAGCAGACCAGCAGCAAAGAAUAAGGAAAUAAGAGGCUUUCAACAGCAGAAAAGACAACAGGAGGGGAAAAAACAGAUCCUCAGGAUCUGCUUGACAAAGUUGGUGGCAGCUGUGCCCUUUGCCCAGUUUUGGUUUUGGUUACCAGUUGUGCCCAUUCCUGGAUCGGGAGAGCCUCUUUCCAUCACUCAUGCCUUAGUUAUCUUGUGUGUAGAUUAUUGCUAUGCAUUCUACAUAGGGCUGCCCUUGAAGACCACACAGAAGCUUCAGUUGAUCCAGAAAGUAACAGUGUGAGCAGAUACAGGCAGGUCUUAUUAUAUCUGUGUAGCACUGAUUACUACUAAGCUUUUUGAGGAACAAUUCUGGUGCUUGUUAUUAUAUAUAAACACUACAUGGCAUGGGGCCUAGUUGUAUAAGACAGGGCUUUUCAACCUUUUCACCCAUUGUGCCACUUUUAGGAUAUGGCAACAUCCGAGUAACACCAGUUGCCUAGCAAGGUGUCAAAAACUUGAUGACCAAAAAAAAAAAAAAGGAAAAAAGUGAUAAAGUACAGGUAGUCCUCGAGUUACAACAGUUCGCUUAGUGACUGUUUGAAGUUACUAUAAGAACGUCCUGCCGGCGCGCGAAACAAACGAUCCACCAGGUACGUUGCGGUAGUCAACAAAGGUUUAUUUCUCCGUUGAAAACAAAACCAGCUCUGGGACACACCCCUGCCCUGCGUCCUAAAUAACC